CACAAGUUUAAUCUUGGACUCCGGAGCAAGUUCGUGUGGAUACGUUGGAGGCUUCAUACGUUUGGCGCUACGUUCAUCUCCUCAAAACCAUCCCCGACCGUUCCUCCGUUCUCCGUUUUCACCGUUAAGGUAAAUUUCUUACUAUAGCUAGUAAUUUACGACUCAGGGUUUCUUCACAGUCUCGUGGAAGAGAAGGAAUUUUUACCAACUCCAGGGAAAACAUCCACCAAUUGAAUAAGCGGAGAAAAUGGCCAUUCAAAUCUCCAAAUUCGAGAAACUUGAAGAACUCCUACGUCCUCACCAGCACUCGCUUGCUCCAAGAAGGUGGAAGCCCCGCCAUAAAUCUUCUAAGCCGCAACUCCACCUUCUCCUUCAAAAUUCGAUCAAAGAAUUACAGUUAAUAGAGCCUGGGCUGUCUUCUCUUUUGGGAAGUCUCGUACAAUUGAAGUCUCUGCUAGAACAAAUAGAAGGGGUGAUUUUAUUAAAACUCAAGAGAAAAGAAGAGAAGGAAAGUGUUAGAAUAAGUGCCCUUCACUAGAGGGGGGGUGAAUAGUGAGGCACGAGAAUGUUUAUAAAUUUUCGCGGAAUAAAAAUCGCAGGGAUAAAGUAAAGAGCGGAAUAAAAAUGGAGUAAAGGGAGCACACCAAGAUUUACCCUGGUUCACCACAACUUGUGGCUAAUCCAGCCUCCCGAGAGACUCUCUCGAGCUACACUACUUCCGUUAAGCUUACGGGUGCUUAACAAACCGUUACAACCUGA